GUAGGACAGGGCACCAUGGCCGUGCCGCGGCGGCGGGACGGGACGGGGUGCCGGCCGCCUCCCCGCGCUGCCGGGUCGCGCCGGGAGUCUCCCGGCUCCAUGUUCAUAUUUGGCGUUGGCCGCCGGUGCCCAGGAAUUUCCCGUCAUGCUCGCCGGGCGGCGGGCCCGUCACCGCGCUCCCGCGGGGCGGGGGGGCCGGGGCCGCUCGCUCGCUCCCUCGGGCCGCUCCCAUGCGCGCUGCGCCGCCGCCGCUGCUCCCCGCGCUCUGCCUGGCGCUGGCGGCCGCCGCAGGAGCCGCAGCUCUUGCCCCUGUUCUUUGCCUCUGGUUUUGUUGGUGAGGAUAUCACAGUGAUGUCUGCAUUCAACCUGCUGCAUUUGGUGACAAAGAGCCAGCCAGUGGCCCUGCGAGCCUGUGGGCUUCCCUCAGGGUCAUGUAGGGAUAAAAAGGACUGUAAGGUGGUCUUUUCCCAGGAGGAGCUGAGGAAGCGGCUGACACCCCUGCAGUACCAUGUCACUCAGGAGAAGGGGACUGAAAGUGCCUUUGAGGGGGAGUACACACACCAUAAAGCUAAAGGAAUAUACAAAUGUGUUGUUUGUGGAACUCCUUUAUUCAAGUCAGAAACAAAGUUUGACUCCAAUUCAGGUUGGCCUUCCUUUUAUGAUGUGAUCAGUCCUGAUGUAAUUACUUUCAAUGAUGAUUUUUCCUAUGGGAUGCAUCGGAUUGAAAUAUCCUGCAGUCAGUGUGGUGCUCACCUGGGGCAUAUUUUUGAUGAUGGACCUCGCCCAACUGGCAAACGGUACUGCACAAACUCUGCUUCAUUGUCUUUCAAGCCAGCAGACAAGAACAACGCUGGAGAAGGCAGCAGUAAUGCCAGUCCUGCCCAAACAGGCAAAGCUGAGCUGUAGGAUGAAGCAAAGCCUGCAGAAGACUGCAUUGAUCCCACACAGCUUACAAGGAAUGUUUUCUAGUUUUCAAGUUGCCUGCUCUCUUAUAUCCUAAGAAUGUUCAAAUGUAUUAAAGCAUUUUGCACCAUUCUUCUUCCUCCUUACCUUUUCAGAACUGAGGCCUUGCCUGCCAGUGCAUUUACUGUAUAAUUGGAUUGGAAAAUUUAUUCACUGAGUCCACAGGUUUUCUUUUUUCUUCUUUUCUUUGAGAUUGCAUUGGGGAAUCUUUAAAUUGAGGGGCUUUGACAUCAUUAGUUAUUAGUUUCUUCUUAAUACUGUGUCACUCUAGGUUUACGCACUAUUCCUUUUUGCGUGGGAAAUGGGACUUGUGUUUAUCUCCAGUCUAUAAGAAACUUCUGGGCAUAAGAAAAUCCUGAAUUCCUUGCACAUCUCUGCCUUGUUCUGACUUGUGAGGCAUGCAGCCUUUGGUCAUAUGUAUUCAACCAUCUCCCAGCAUCAGCCGCACCUUGCAAAAACUUGUAGUUAUGGCUGUUCCUUCCCAAAUGAAAGAGGUGGAUGAGAAGUUAAAACCAUCCUUUGGCUAAUUUACUGCCAAAAUUUCAGGGGUGUGGUUGAGAGGAUGUAAACAUCGUCUCAGCAUCUGUUUCCCCUUUGUUUGGUAUUUAAAUUAAGGUUUUAACUAGUAAGGCUCACUUUUGCAGGCUGCUAAUGAGGCUUUGUCUGUUUGCGAGGCCUGUUCAACAAGUGUAACACAAAUCUGAAUUAAAGUUGAAAUCUGCAGGGGGUAAUUAUAUGGGCAAGUGCAGAGAUAAACUUGCAAAGUGAAGUAGAUGAAGAAUGACACUAGGCUCUUUAUCUUGUCGGUUGCUACAAGGAUUCAGAAACAUGACGGUUUCUGCUAGAGAGAAGUUUAGGAAUGAGAGAAGUUUAGAAAAAAGAGGGAGACCCUCCUGAUGUAUUCAGUUUUAAAGAUUAGCUGGUCUGGACGCAUAUUGCAUAUAAGAUCCAGUCUUUAAUUUGUGCAAAUUAUUGUAGGACAUGAGUGACAGUGUUGGUAUAAGAAAUUAAUUUGAAAAAAGCCUGUCACGGUUCCAGAAAUUUUCAUGUAGCAAAAUUCACUGUCCCAUAAGAUGUUUUUCACAGCUGCUUUAUUUUGUUGAAUAAUGCUUAGAAUUGUGCAUAAUACUGUUCUUUAAGCUAUACUGUGCAGUAUUUGCUAACACCACUUUGCCUUUAAACACUGAGAGACUUAAUGAAUACAGUAUUUACUUCUACUAGCAAACUUUGUGACUAACAUGUUUGGAUCCAAUUUUAUUUUUAGUAGGAACAAAGCAACCACUGAUUUUUAUGGAAGCAGGAUUGAGGUUUUUAUGUCAGUGAUAAUAAACAUAUUAUCUAAAGUUCAAUCACCCUUCAGUUAAAAUAUAGCUACUGUGAAAGCAUAUGGAAUGGUCAUAAUUGCCUUUUUUUUAAGCAACAUUAGAAAGACAUGAAAAAACAUUAAAAAGGCAGCAUCUAGAAAAAAUGUGGUACAUAUAUGUGGUUUAAUUCCAGAUUGCUGUUCGAUUUAAGUAUUAUCAAAUUUCAGUAGAUUCCUGCCUUAUGUUAAAGAAAUAUAUUACUUAAGCUUCAGAGCACAGUAAUGUAUGCUGUCCUACAGGAGAUUUAUUUUUGCAGGAUAUGGAAUGCAAUGAAAUGAAUCAAUAUGGUGAGGUGUAUGUGAUCUCUGGGAGUUAGAUCAUUUAAUAUAGGAAAUGCAUUGUUCUCGUGCACGAGCUAUACCACAGCAUAGAGCAAGGUAAGACAGAUUUCCUUUUAUUGCUCUUAGAAGAUGCUAGUAAGGGCUAGUAUUGAACCCUCCAAAUUUGGUUCAGUCUGGUAAUGAUCAUGACAGAGGAAACUUGGGAGCUGAGCACAAUGUAUAGAAUAAUAGAAUAUUUCUGUAUGUUUAAAUUUUGCACUUAGAUGCUUAUAAAAACUGAAUGCAAACUGUGUAGAAAUAGCAAACUAUAUUUUCUAAUAUCUCUAUUUUACUCAGAUGUUUAAAUAAGAUACCUUAAAAACCAUGUAAGUCACACUUUAUUUAUAUAUACUAUAUAUAUAUAUAUAUAUAAAAUUGCACAUGUUUUUUAUAUAUAUAUACGUACACACACAUAUAUUAUUUGAGUAUAAUUUUAGCCUUCUGUACCUUUUUAAUAACUAAAACCUUUCCAUAAGAGGGUUCAAUACUUUUAAGAAAUCAAAUAUACAUUUUUCAAGUCAAAUUUGUUUUCAUAUAUUUGCUGUACACAAAUAUAAAAUAAAUUUCUUUAUAAAUA